AUGACUGCAGUUAAUGUACCUUUCCAUGGACGGUUGGCCCUGGUGACAGGGGGUGCGGGUGGUAUCGGCCAGGCGGUCUGCCACUUGCUUGCCGCCGAAGGGGCCACCGUGGUGGUUGCUGACAUACAGCUCGAGGUAGCAGAGAAUGUUGCCCGAUCUCUGCCAUGUACCAUUGAAGUUCAGACACCUGCAACGGCACUGGCACCCUCGUCAUCGCGUGAGGCCAAGCACCAGGCCUUGUACGUUGACGUUGGUGAACCGUUGUCCGUGGAGCAGCUCUUCAAUGGCAUCAGGAGUGCGUUCUCCGAGCCACUGAGCAUAGUCGUCCACUGUGCUGGUAUUUUGCGCACGGCACCACUCUCCCAGUGCACGGAUGAGCUCUUCGAUGACAUUAUCCGGGUGGAACUUAAGGGUGCCUUCCUGGUGACCCGGGCAGCUAGUCGUGAUAUGCUGCGUUCUGGAACACCGCUGUCUGAAUGGAGAGGAGCCAUCGUCAACAUAUCCAGCCUUGCAGCCAAGUGCGGCUCUAUGCCGUCGUGCGCGUACGCCGCUGCCAAGGCCGGCGUCGUGGCGCUGACCAAGUCGGCAGCGUUGGAACUGGCGAAGCACGGUAUCCGCUGCAACGUAGUCAUACCCGGAUGGGUGGAGACCGCCAUGAUGGAAGACGCUGGUGAAAGCAGCAAGGCAAGAGUUGUAGCGAACACACCGCUCAAGAGGACCGCCCAGCCAAUGGAGAUAGCAGAGGCCAUCAAGUUCCUGUGCUCGCCCACAACGAGUUCCUACAUCACGGGAACUGUGCUUGAAGUCACCGGGGGUUUUAAGAUGUGAAUUAUUUUUGUUCGCUUCGGCACGGUAAUAAAAUGACACCAUGAUGAGAUGAAAUACGGGCGUGCCAAAAUAUUCAACGUAACAUCUUCCAGGUCUGGCUUUUCUGGCACUUGUUUGAGUGGAUUG